AUGGGGGGCGGGCGGAAAUCAAAACAGGGCGCUGAAGUAGCUCCGAUAUUCCGGAGCCGCAAAGAUGGCGGCGCCACGCGGGAGGAAGAAGAAGGCCGCGAAUAUGAUUCUGACUCUGCAGCCAGCGACAGGAGCAGAACAAUGACAGCCACCCCCCUCACCAAAGAGGACCUCCGCCAGCUGCUAAGUGAAAUCAAGGCAAAUAUGGCUACAGAAUUUGACAGGCAUCUCACACCCAUCAGAGAAGGCCUGAUUGACUUAACCCACAGAACUUCUACUAUUGAGGAGCAACUGGACCGGACAGUUACACGCACAACAGCAACUGAAAAUGCCAUAACCGCCCUACAAGAACAGCUCCGCCAACUGGAGGAGGCACAAGAGGACCUGAAUAACCGGUCCCGCCGAAAUAACAUAAGGAUACGCGGAAUACCAGAAACAGUCACAUUGGAGGCACUGGGCCCAACGCUAUGA